ACUAAUAUGUUAAAAUGUCAGCUGUUUGGGUGUGGCAAGUCACCUGAGAAAUUAAUAUCUAUAGUGUAACUAACUAACUAAGGUGUGUUUUUUUUUCACUUCUAGUUGUAAAUCAAAUUUCUUUACAUUAAGACACAAGGCAGUCGCCACUUUUACUACUCUGUCAAAAGUCAUUCCAUAUAGGAAUUUAAGAAUAACCAGAAAUAAAAACAAAUCAACUAUGUCAUAACAAGGCGAAGAAAUGUCGCGUUUUGGUUCAUUGCACCAGGCCAAGGGGGGAAUUUUCACUUCGAUUUUCACUGAACAGUUGCUGUACGUACAACACGUUGAUAAAGAAAAAAACACGGCCAGUACAAUCUCCGAGCAGUCCCUUCACGAAUAUUUCCUAGGAGACAGCCAAAUAUUUUCAGACUCUCGUUUUGCAGAGUACUUGAGAAAUCCUAAAGCAAAUGUCGACAUUCUGAAAUCAUCUUUGCAAGAUGAGAUAGUUGUAAUCGCGCUGGUCUACACCAAUCCACUUCCAGCAACCCCUAAAACGGCUGUCACCAUUCACGCUUUCGUCGUUUUCUGGACUGAGAACUUGAAGACGCAGAAUGGGAUGUGGUAUUCCAUGGAAAAAAACGGGCAGUACAUAGUUCUGCAGCAAUCGCCAAACAUGGAAGACGUCAUGGAGAAAUUAUAUGACCCCGAAGAGAAGAAACUUGUCAAAAGACUUGGGCCGGUGGAACGAGAAAGUUUUGCUAGAGGCAAUGGAAAGGAACUCGAAUAUUUAAUACGAGCCAUUUGGAAAACCAAUCAGCUAACUACCAAAUAUAACCUUCUAUCUUCAAACUGCCAAAACUUUGCUGAAUUUGUCUUUAAAGAGGCAAGUCUUGGGAGAAUGAAGUGGUCGACGUGGAUUAGUGCUUUCGUCGACCAAAUUGGAUUGAGUAAUAAGAAAAGCCAAACCGAAAUCGAAGCGGAUACACUCAAAUACCAUGGAAGAAAAGACACAAAAUUUGUCUAUUACAAAGCCAUGGCAGAGGGAAGGAGACAGGACUUUGAAGACCUUGCCGGUAAUUUGACGAGCGAAUCUUUAAACAGCGUCGAUUCCCAAGGCUACACGUUACUCGAAUGGGCUACCGUUUUCUCCACGUCCGAUUGGCCAAUCGACCAGUUCUUGAAGGAAAAAGGCGCCAAAAUUCAAACAGACGACGAAAGAUUAUUUCGGCGCAAUGUGUUUUUCAUCGCCCUGCAAUAUCUUCCUUCGAAUAAAGAAUCUCGGUACUUGUCAUUUGACGGGAUUAAUAUUCACGGCGUGAACCAAACAGGCGACACGGCAAUGCACUUGGCUUUGAACGGAGAAAAAUGGGACGUGGCCGACAGAAUUCUUGAUCAAUUUCCAGAUUAUGACGUCAACGCAAGCAAUUCUUUGGGGUACACACCGCUUCAUCUAGCUGUUCACCCUAAAUGUAAAAUGGUCUUGAUCAAAAAGAUUUUAGCUCGAACCAAUUCGGAAAACGUCAACGCACAAAAAGUAAACGGAUGGACUGCUCUUCAUGAUGCAAUUGAUAACCAGUCAGAAAUUGCCGUAAAAGAACUGCUCAAACGAGAUGACGUGGACGUGAACCUCAAAAACAACAACAACGGAAUAGCACUACAUUUCGCUUGUUUGUGGAAGAAUAUUCCAGUUGAAAUGUUCAGAGUAAUUAUAACCGACGUCAACGCACAAGAAAAAGAUGGAUGGACUGCUCUUGAAUUUGCAAUUAGGUCCGAGUCAGAAAUUGCCGUAAAAGAAAUGAUCAAACGCAAGGACGUGGACGUGAACCUCAAAAACAACUACAACCAUACAGCACUACAUUACGCUUUUUUGUGGAAGAAUAUGCCAAUUGAAUUGUUCACAAAAAUAUUAGAAAAAUCGACAGACAUCAACGCCCAAGACGAAAAUGGAAAUACCGCUCUUCACUUGGCAAUUGCAUUAGAAAACAGAACUGCGGUGGAGGAACUGCUCAAACGAGAUGACGUGGACGUGAAUCUCAAAAACAACCAAAAUCUAACGGCACUCCUUUCGGCUUUUGUGUGGGUGGAUAUUCCAAUUGAUUUUUUCAGAGUAAUUCUUGAAAAAUCAACCAAUGUCAACGCCCAAGAAGUAGACGGAAACACUGCUCUUCAUCUUGCUGUUAUGUACAAGUCCGCAACUGCGCUAAAGGAACUGCUCAAAUGCAAAGAAAUUGACUUUAAUCUAAACAAUAACAAAAACCAAACAGCACGCUUUUUGGCUUCUUUGUGGGAAGAUAUGCCAAUUGAUUUGUUAACUAUCCUUCUAGAGAAAUAAGCCGAUGUCUGUUAAAGAAUUACUUGUACCGAACCAUUGUAGUAUAAGAAAAAUAAACGAGCUCGAUUUAAACUUGUA